AUGAGCAGUAAUGAAGAGUUGGUCAGGCAGAAGGAUGAGGCAGACAUGAAGACUGACGGUCUGCAGAAGGAGCUGGAAGGUGAGCAUGCUAAGGCAGUGGAGGAGAAGGAGAGCCUUCAGAAGGAGUUGGAAGCAGAGAGAGCCACGGUGGCUGCUGAAAAGGAGAGCCUUCAAAAGGAGUUGGAGGCAGAGAAAGCCAAGGCAACUACUGAAAAUGAGAGCCUUCAGAAGGAGUUGGAUGCAGAGAGAGCCACAGCGGCUGUUGAAAAGGAGAGCCUUCAGAAGGAGUUGGAGGUAGAAAAAGCCAAGGCAACUGCUAAAAAUGAGAGCCUUCAAAAGGAGUUGGAUGCAGAGAAAGCCAAGGCAACUGCUGAAAGGGCGACCCUGGAUAAGGAGUUGGCGGAGGAGAGGGCUAAGGCAGCCUCUGAAAGGGCGGCUUACCCCGAUCUGUAUGUUGCAGCAGUGGACCAAUCCAAGGGAUUUGCUGAAUUUCAAAUAGCAGUGGAUGCCGCAGUCGCCAGUAGCUUGGCGAGGGAGGAGUCUGGGGGGUCGGGUCUGUCGAGGAUGACCGCUGGGGGAAGGACUGAGGCAGAAGUGAUUGAGGGCUUCCAGCGGGCUGCCAUGGAGGUCGAGGGGUUUUUGGAGAGGAAAAAGAGGAAAUCGGAUGAUCGUAGCCCGGCCAUGAAAGCCGUGAGGAUGACCUUGUUUCCACUACUGGCAGGGCUUCGGUGUUGA